UAUAGGAUAAAAUGUUAACGGAUUUAAUAUUGUUUAUCUCCUAAAUUAUUCUAACUCUAAUAUUAGAAAUUCGAAAAAUGUUAAAUAGUUUUUUCACACGUCUUAUAAUGUACUGUAUGUGGUUACUGACCUCAUUAACGUGCGAUAUUUCAAAAAUUAAAUACAUUAGUAAGAUAAACGAAGGAUUUUAGGUAGUAUUGUUCUCAUAUCAUAAUGAUUUUUUACUGAAGCAAAUGAUUCCUAUUUGUUAACACAAAGUAGUAGACGUAAUAGAAAGAAACAAUAAUUAUGAUAUUGCUUCAGAUAUUCUCGUUUGUUGAUUACGGACUUUACAUAUAUAAAAGUCGAUUCUUUUUCUGUUAAUUAGUUUAGCUAUUUAAAUCAAAAUGAACGUGUCAGGAAAACUUCAAAUUUUAGUGCUGUGUUUUUGUUUUAUAAAUAUAACCGUCGCAAAUGUUAUACAAUCCAACAGGUCCUUAAGAUCAUUUCGAUUACCUUUCCCCGGAUUUGGUCCAGUUUGUAAUACUUGUCCAAAUCAUUUUUGUGAUGAUGAUCCAGCUGUAAUUGAUGGCUAUUGUUGCGGAUGUGCUAGAUUUUAUGAUAAUUUACCUAUAAUAUGUCCACCGACCAUAGUGUGUCCCAAAAAUGGAUACUCAUUAUGCAAAGAUUACGAGUAUAUGAUGCAUUGCUGUUGUUAAAACUUUAUUUUGAAGGAAUGAUAUGAAGACACAAUUAAUAAACGAAUUUAUUAUUAUUA